AUGAUGAAAUCUUUUGUUCAAAGAUUUCUUCUGUGGACAGAAUUAUUAGACCCUACAAAUUUGAUCAUUUCAACUGAAACAAUAGGAAAAGCCAGACAGCUGUUAUCCGCCAAUGCAGCCAGCGGGAACGUGGAAGAGAAGCAGUUGCAAGAAGCUUGGAAGACGAGUCUUUCGACAGUGCACCCCGACAGUGGCAAGCUGAUCCCCGCUCCUUUCCGACCUGCAGCUUUCCUGCCUUUCAUGGGGCCCUUGCUGUUUUUGUCAAUGAUGCCAUCCAGAGGGUUGAAGACCAUGAUUUUACCCCAGUUUUCCCUCUACACCUACCUGACAUCCUUCAACAUCGUCAAUGGGAACACCAGCUACCAUGAUCACCCACGAGAGAACCUCUUACUGGGGGCUGGAGUCAUUGCCUCCUCAACCUUCCUUGGAGAGACCCUGGGGGAUGCCGCCCCAGCCCAAAUCAGUGCGGUCAGUGUGCUGGCAUCUCGAAGCCCGGAGUUGGCACAGGGCAUCAAGGUCAUGGACAAGGAAGGCAAUGUCGUUGGCCACUCCAGAAGGGCCGGGGAGAAGGCCAUCAAGGAAACAGCCUUGUCCAGAAUGGUGCUCUUUGGGGCCUCCGCCUGUGUCCCAGAAGUUGUGUCCUACUUUUUCAAAAGGACCCAGUUUUUUCUGCAGCACUCAUUGUCACUUUGGGCUGUGAGGCUGUCCUGCAGCUACCUUGCCCUGGGACUGAUGGUGCCUGUCUCCUUCAGCAUGUUUCCCCAGGUCAGACAGAUCCAGUGCAGCGGGCUCGAAGCGGCCAUCCAGUCUUCAACCCAAGAGACGGAGCUCUUCUACCACAGGGGCGUGUAGGGGCCACUUUGAGGGGACGGUGCCCCGCUGAGGCCGCCACAGUGCUGCCCGUGUCUGGGGCUCUCGGGCAUGGAUGGAAGCAGAGAAAGGAGUGGAGUGGUGGGGGUG